AUGAUUCUGGCGUCGUUGGAGCUGGUUCGGUUACAGUUGCCAACUGAUCCAUGGCAGCAGGACGCCGCUCGUGCGAGACAACAGGCGGUCCGAAAAGGCCAGAAUCCGUCGUUCUGGUUUGGUCCAACUGGAUACAGGGCUGUGGAGUAUAAAGAAUGGAAACGACGAAUGGAUCAGGCUCUUAAUAAAGCGCAGAAUGUCGGCAAGAGCGUCAACCUUGCAAAAGAAGUGUACUCAGAGAUCAGAGAAAAUAACCGACAGCUGUCUCAUAAGAUCCUGGAGGAACUGAAACGAGAGAACGAGCAGGAUGCUCAGACCAGAGAAAACAAAGCAUUAAUCGAGCUGAAAGAAGAAGAGGGCCACGACAUCGCCUCGUCCUCAUCCGCUUCCACCUCAAACUCCAACAUCAACUCUUCAACAUCCGAUUCUCGGAACUUGAACACUAAUAACAAUAAUAACAGCAACGGGAAGAGCGCGACAGGCGAGAAAUCGAGAACCGAUUCGCUGAGUGUCGACUCGCUGAUGUCGGCAAUCGAGUCGCUGUCAACCACGAAAUCCGACGAAUGGGACGCCCUCGAGCCCUGGGAAAAACUGCGACUCGAAACCGACAUCGCCGUCCGAAUCAUGCCCCACACCCGCGGUGUCCAAGAACAGGCCGCCGACAAAUCCCUCAGCAUCAAUCUCAGCCUCGACGACGACUCUCCUUCUACGUAG